GCCUUCAGGAGCGUGUAGUCUCAGACAGGUCCAUAGGGACUGCUCUCCUCAAGCAAGAGCCUGAAAGUUGAAACCCCAAGAGAGAGGAAGGCCAAGGAGAGGACAUUCUGCUUUCGGGAUCGCCGGACGACCCAGACAAGCUCGAUCCCAGAUCGUACCACUCCCUCACUUCCUCGUUGUCUGCUUUGCCUCGCCCCAAAGCCCACUCAGCUCCAUCCCUCCCCACUUCGCCCUGCCUCAAACCCUAACCUUGCCCCGAAGUCCACUUGGGGAUUCUCGGACUUACGUCCUUAUUAGUAACGCCAGGCGCUGACUCCGAGAUUCCGAAAGCCCAGCGCGGCGCCGCGCCCGCAAGCCCGCACCUUUGCGCCCCGCGCAGCGCACCUAGGCACACCCCAGAGCUGCGGCCAGGAGCGAGCCUCAGGCCUCCCCAGAGGCAGAAGCAAAGGCUAGGGGACCCAACACUGCCGAGCCAGCUCUUCCCUCCUCUCUCCUAGCCGGGCUGUGGCGGAAGGAGGGAGGAAGAUAAGGAGGCAGCAGCAGCAGGCAGGAGCUGGGCGGAGUGUCCCUGGGCCCCCUCCUCCCAGGGAUGGGCGGGGGGCGCUAUUCCCCAGCCGCUCCCUCGAGGCAACAGCAUCACUUUGCUGGGAGUCUUCCCAGCUAGGGAGCCGGGCCGGCGGCGGCGGCGGCAGCGGCGGCGGGAGAGAGCGAGCAGAGGGGUGGAAGGAAAAAAGGUGGGUGGGAGGAAGAGAGAGAGGGAGGAAGGAAGAAAAGGAGAGAGGAAGGGCAGGAGAGAAAUAGAGGGAAGCAGCAGCCUCUUCCCUCGGAUUGCCUGUCCCACUUUCCUCCUCCCCAGCCGAGUUUGUUCCCGUUGGUCAGAAGCCGGGAGCCAGGAUUUGGGCACAGGGCUGGACUGCUUGAGCCUAAGCCCGAACCCGAGCAGGAGCUGGAGCUGAGGAGAGCUGGGCUCGCCUGCGCUCGCUCGGAUCGGUUGCACCGGCUGGGCUGGGCUGGGCUGGGCUGGGCGGGCUGUGUUGGGUUGGGCUGGGCUGGGCUGAGCUGCGCUGCGCUGCACUAGGCUGGUGGACCCUCCCGGCUGCCCGGAGAGGAGUGAGCCGGACGGGGGCAGCGGCUAGCGCCGCUUGGGCUCUGGAAAGAGGGGACACGGUCGCAGAGGACAGCUUCUUGAGUCCCCCUGGGCUGGAGGCGCCGGCUGCUCUGGGACUUCACCGCCUGCUGCUGCCGCUGCCGUUGCCGCCGCCGCCUGUGCUGCUGCUACUCGCUACCACGGCUCGAUCAGGUGGUGCCAGGAUGAAUUUGCAUCCAGGACCAUGAGGGAGGAGGGUACGACCAGCUCAGGAGAGACUUUCUCCAAGUGAGAUUAGACGCCUUCCAGACUGACUCGAGUGUGAGAAUUAUGAGGCUGGUAUUAAUGUUCGCCUGCAUCGUGCUGUUUGGGACAGCAGGACUUGUGGUCUUCAUGCACUUGCAAGAUCCAGCGGAAAUCAUCCCUCAGCAGACACCAGGAGUAAAGUAUGCUCAGCGCCACCGAAAUGACUGUCCACCAGGCAGCAACCAGGAUGGGAGAGUGAUGGUGCAUAAAGCAGGAGCCUUGGCAAAGGUCACUCCCCAUGGCUCCCCAGGCCCAGGCCACCGGGACCAGGAGCAGCAACUGAACGGCCUGGUGGUUCUGGUGAGAGACCAGGCUAAGCCUGGACUGGAGGGUGGCCGAGUGCAGCUCCGGCAGCGCCGGAGGAGGCUACUCAUCAAGAAGACACCGAUCGUCAUUGCCCUGAACAGCUCCACCGUCACCCUAGCUCAGUUAGACCCCCGGGAUGCGGGAGCCCCUGAGAGUCACUGGCACCGCCUCUACCAGGUACAGCAUGAGAGGAAGAAGAUCAUGCGGGACACAUGCGCCAAAUACAAGAGCAAUAGUCGCAGAGUCAUCACGCCCUACCACGUGUCCCGAAUCUUUGUGGAGGAUAAGUACCGUGUCCUGUACUGUGAAGUGCCGAAGGCUGGCUGCUCCAACUGGAAACGGGUCCUCAUGGUCCUCAGCGGACUGGCCUCCUCCACCAGGGACAUCCAGCACAAUACCGUACACUAUGGCAACACCCUGAAGAGACUGGAUGGCUUUGACCGCCAUGGCAUCUCUCACCGCCUCAACACCUACACCAAGAUGCUGUUCAUCCGGGAGCCCUUCGAGAGGCUGGUCUCUGCUUUCCGGGACAAAUUUGAGCAUCCCAAUAGUUACUAUCACCCGGUUUUUGGUAAGGCCAUUCUUGCCCGAUAUCGUGUGAAUGCCACGCGGGAGGCGCUAAGGACGGGCUCAGGUGUGAGGUUCUCUGAGUUCAUCCAGUACCUGCUGGAUGUGCACCGGCCUGUGGGCAUGGACAUUCACUGGGACCAUGUAAAUAGACUGUGCAGCCCUUGUCUCAUCGACUACGAUUUUGUGGGCAAGUUUGAGAGCAUGGAGGAAGAUGCCAACUUCUUCCUGCGCCUCCUUGGCGCUCCCCGGAACCUGACCUUCCCCAGGUUCAAAGACAGGCACUCCAAUGAGGAGCGGACGACCACAAGGAUUGCCCACCGCUACUUUGCCCAGCUGUCCCCCCUGCAGAGACAGCGUGCCUAUGACUUUUACUACAUGGAUUACUUAAUGUUCAAUUACUCCAAGCCCUUUGAUGACCUGUAUUGACAGCUAGGGGGGGAGGGCAAAGGGUCUUGGUUGGGCCAGCUUCAGGGGUAAGGCCUGGGUCUGAUUCAAGGCCCAGUCUGGAAGGACAGUGUUUCAUCACUCUGGGAGCUGGCAUUCCCAGAAAACCUGCCCUUUCCCAGAAGGACAUGGUCAUCAAGACCAUGCCCAAGCAGCAAGACUAUGGGGGCUCUGGCUCCCCUUAAGAAAUCAGUGCCAUGGCUAUGGUAUUGGCAGCAGGAGAGGUUUGUGAGUUCCAUUUCAGGGAGCCAGGCAGGCAGGGUGGGGAGCUCGGCUCUUGUAUUUAUGUAAGGCCUUCUCCAUUCAAAGGCUAAAAAGAAAGCCCUCUGAAUAUAUUUGGGGGUUGGGGUAGUAAUUGUAAAGGCUCAGCAACUUGGGUCUCAACCAGGUAGGUACAUGGAGAGCCAAGAAGCCAUGGGUAGAGAGGCCUGAGGCCAGAGAAAUUGGAGGCUGAGUCUCUGUGGUGGGGAGGGACAUUCCUCUUUCCUUUGGCUCUGCGGGCAGAGAUCCCUGUGGAAUUGGGUUCCCAAUAAAGCACAUGUUUUCUAAGCGGUGGUUUUCAUCCAGCCUUUCCCUCCACCCCAGAUAGUCAUUCUACGUCAGGCUUCUCAGUGGGGCCUAUCCCAAACUCAACCUCACCCCCACCCCCCACCCAUUAUCAUCUGUAUGAUCCUCAGGCACUGUGUCAGGCUGAGGGAUCUUGUACUCGGCAUUGGGUCCCCUCUUAAUUUAACCUGUGGCACAUGCAUACAGGGGAAUGCAAUUACCAUCCCAAGUCACCAUCCCAGUCCAUGAAGCUCCUUUUCAUCCUCUGCAGACACCUGGACUUGGGUCCCUGGAUUCCUGUGCAGUCCCCUAAAUGCCACACCAUUUUUUCAGACAAGGAUAUUUGGUCCAGCUGAAUGGGUGGAGGUUUACAGGUCUGA